UCUGGUUCCCAGUCGCAAACUCAUGUUACCACUACUAGUCCAGAUACUAGGCUCAUGCUAUGUACUGCUGGUCCGGUCGCGUUGCCGUCAGUCGGUGUGUGAUACAAAAUCAGUGGACCCCAAUUCAGCAGCACUGCACCUGGGAGCAACUGGAGGCUGUGAAUCACCAUGACGACCAAGAAUACAACCGCCCUCUUGCAGAAGCUGCGGAGUUUGAUGAAGGCCAAGCAGUACAUUGGCUCGGAACCUAUCCAGGCGUACAUCAUACCAUCAGGGGACGCACAUCAGAGUGAGUACAUAGCAGCGUGUGAUUGCCGUCGCGCUUACAUAUCCGGAUUCACAGGUUCCUUUGGGACAGCCUUAGUCACUGAGGACAUUGCAGCUAUGUGGACAGACGGGAGGUAUUUUUUACAGGCGUCUCAACAAAUGGAUUCCAAUUGGACCUUAAUGAAGCAUGGUUUAAAGAAGACGCCAUCGCAGGAAGAUUGGCUAGUCAAGAAUUUACCGAAAGGUGCCCGUGUUGGUGUCGACCCGUUCUUGUUUGCAAAUGAUCAGUGGAAGAAAUUCUCCACCACACUGAGCCAGGAAGGCAUCAGUCUGGUGCCCACUGUAGUCAACCUGGUAGACCUGGUGUGGGGAGACGAGAGACCGUCCCCACCAUUCGACCAAGUGAUCGUUCAAGAAACCAAGUUUGCCGGUGUCUCUUGGCCAGAGAAGAUCAACAAGAUGCGCGAAGCAAUGACCAGUAAGAAUGCCCAGUACCUAGUCCUGACAGCACUGGAUGAAAUUGCAUGGCUCUUCAAUUUAAGGGGAUCUGACAUUGAGUACAAUCCUGUCUUCGUUGCGUAUGCAGUCGUUGGCAUGGACAGCGUGUACUUGUUCAUAGAUGAUCAGAAGUUGACCAAGGAAGUGAGGGACCAUCUCAUGAAUGAUGGGUUGAAAGUCGAAAUCCAGGAGUAUGAAGCCAUCCAACAGUUCCUGGCUGAUCUGUAUCAGGAAGGUAGCGACACCGGAAAAACCUGGAUGAGUCCCAAGUCCAGCUAUGCUUUAGUCAGCUGUAUUCCCAAGUCCCAGUGUAUCCUGCAUGGGACCCCUGUGCUGGCCAGCAAAGCAGUCAAGAAUGAUGUAGAGAUACAGGGCAUGAAGAACGCACAUAUACGCGAUGCAGUGGCACUAUGUGAAUACUUCAUGUGGCUAGAGAAAGAGGUCCCCAAGGGUAAUCUGACUGAAAUUUCCGCCUCCGAUCAGCUAGAACAAUUCCGAAGGGAGCAAGAGGACUUUGUAAGUCUGAGCUUCGCCACAAUCUCCAGCACAGGGGCCCACGGGGCCAUCAUUCAUUACAAAGCCAGCCCAGAGACCGAUGCACCCCUCAACACCCAGGAAAUCUACCUGUGUGACUCUGGAGCCCAGUUCAAAGACGGAACAACUGAUGUAACAAGGACUAUGCAUUUUGGCACGCCUACGCCAUACCAAAAGGAAUGUUUCACCCGAGUUCUUAAAGGCGUCAUAUCAAUGGCCACGUCUGUAUUUCCUAAUGGGACAACAGGGAGUAUGAUAGACUCCUUUGCCCGGCGCUUCCUGUGGGAGGCGGGUCUAGACUACCUCCAUGGCACCGGUCAUGGGGUGGGAGCUUUCCUGAAUGUCCACGAGGGACCCCAGCAGAUCAGCUGGAGGGCGAGCGCCCUGGACGCAGCCUUAGAAGCUGGGGUCUUCAUGUCCGAUGAACCAGGAUAUUACGAGGAUGGAGAAUUUGGUAUUCGGAUUGAGAAUAUUGUCCUCGUCAAGCCUGUAGAAACCAAGUACAACUUCAGAAAUACUGGAUUCCUGACGUUUGAGACAGUGACCCUUGCGCCGAUACAGACCAAGAUGAUUGAACCCUCAUUGCUGACAGAGAAAGAGGUGUCUUGGCUGAACGACUACCACGCCAAGUGCCGUGAGGUCGUGGGUGCUGAGCUUGAGAGGCAGGGCCGUCCAACUGCCCUGGCCUGGCUGCACAGAGAGACCGAACCCCUAGGAUGAAUGGACCACUCCCAAUACCAAUCCCACCAAUAAGCAGGAUCAUUACAACUCAUGCAUAAUUCAUAAACCAAAUGCACUUCUUUCAUUGGUUGCUGCACCAAUGCAUUAGGAAAGUGUACACUCAUAACUCUCACCCAAUCAGCAUUACCAGGUUAGCUCCCUGACUCCUUGACUAUGCAACAGUAGUGAUCCUAGGUCAACUUCAAAGUGGUACCAUACUAAAGCCUCUAUAACAGACACAUUACAUUGUUUAAUGUAU